UCACACGCCGGUAAUUCAAACAAUGGCGUUCUCAUCUUCCUUGUGGUCUUCUCUCUUUCUUCCAAAUCCCAAUAAAACUAACCGUUUCCCUACAUUCUCUCCCGCCAACCGUAAACUCUCAACCGCAUUCGCCAUCCCCCCGCUCUCAACCGCAACAGCCGCCGACGUUUCCGGCGCAAUAGACGGCACCACAAUCGCCGUAGUAAGCGGAGGUUUCGUAGCCGGCCUCACCGCACUUCUCUCUCUAACAGACCCCGAGAAACGGCGGCGUGAACAGGCGGAGGAAGUUGGCGGCGGCGACAAAGAAGUUGUGAAGGAAUAUUUCAACAACUCCGGGUUCCAACGGUGGAAAAAGAUAUACGGUGAUACUGAUGAUGUUAAUAGAGUUCAACGAGAUAUUAGGUUAGGUCAUUCUAAGACUGUUGAGAAUGCUUUACAGAUGCUGAAAGAUGAAGGCUCGCUCAAGGGUGUUACCGUUUGUGACGCCGGUUGCGGUACUGGUUCACUUUCUAUUCCUUUAGCCAAGGAAGGUGCCAUUGUAUGUGCUAGUGACAUAUCUGCUGCCAUGGUCGCUGAAGCUGAGAAACAGGCGAAAGAACAACUCGUGUCUAGUGAGAAUGGGGUGUCAUCUUUGAUGCCAAAGUUUGUGGUGAGUGAUUUAGAGAGUUUGGAUGGAAAGUACGAUACAGUGGUGUGCCUUGAUGUUUUGAUUCAUUACCCUCAAAAUAAGGCAGAUGGGAUGAUUGCUCACCUUACUUCUUUGGCGGAAAAGCGAUUGAUUCUGAGCUUUGCACCUAAGACAUUUUAUUAUGAUGCGCUGAAGAGGGUUGGUGAGUUGUUCCCUGGGCCUUCCAAGGCAACCAGGGCAUAUCUUCACUCCGAGGGAGAUAUUGAAAGGGCACUGCGUAAGGUUGGGUGGACUAUAAAGAAGAGAGGCUUAACCACUACUCAAUUUUACUUUUCCAGGCUUAUCGAGGCUGUUCCUAUGUAGCGAGGCCAGAGGCUUCAGAGGUAAGUUUUGCAUCAUUAAAGGAAAUUCCUUCGACAUGGAUCGAAUACGUAAUAAUUGACAGAACACUGACAUAAUUUGAUCCCAUGUAGCCAACCCUAUUUAGAGGAAAUUCCGUAUGUAUAUUGUAAGCCAUUUUUUGUUGUGCUUUUGUAUGUUAUGUCAUCCUAUGAUUUGCUGGAUAUGUAUAUUUUAUUUCUUCUCAGUGUAAAAGGAACUAGUGUAAUUUUUUUUUUGUAAUUGGAAAAAAUUUCAAAUUUGAAACUAGAUGUCAGACUGUCAGUUGAUGCGUCGAUUUAA